GGUCGGACUGAACUGAGGUUAGAUUGUGCUGAAUACUACCUCGCUUGUCCUCUUACCGUUAUAAUAUUCAGCCUGGGAGCAGGUGCGUGCUGCGACGUAGCUUUGACUCCAUUAGCAUUAAAAGGAAUAGGAACAUUCACUGGUAAUGUUUACCGGUUAACUGCGGCUCAACGAGGGACAAAUCCUUUCAAGGAGUCCGACCAGGUACCAUGAGAGGCAUUACCAGGACGGACAGUAUCACACCGGAUUGUGGACUACGCAUGAGAUGGACUGUAACUUAGGUGUCGUUUCGAGACGUUGCGCGCUUGCAGGAGCAAUUUGUCCAGUUUAAAUCAGCCACAAAUAGCACUGUAUAUUGGGUCAUGUUGUCUGCGCUCAACACGUUGCCGGAGAGCGAGGCUGGAACAGGUCACUGGUUCACUCCGUCCACAAUUUAGUAUGAUGCCUCUUGGUCAAACCUGCUGCGUUUCCUUCCUGUUUCCUCGCCCCGUCUCCAGAGUCCAAACGCCCCUUCAGCAGACCGAGCGCUCCUGAGCACUCUCGCUGUGACCUUGCCUGUUCAGCUGCCUGCAUCCCGGGAGGUGAUGCGACGGUUUGUCUACUGUAAGGUGGUGCUGACCACCUCUUUAGUGUGGGUGCUGGUGGACGUGUUCUUGCUGCUCUACUUCAGCGAGUGUAACAAAUGCGACGACAGGAAGGACCGCUCGCUGCUCCCUGCCCUCCGAGCUGUGAUAUCUCGGAGCCACGAGGGUCCGGGGGAGAUGGGCAAGGCGGUGAACAUCCCCAAGGAUGACCAGGAGAAGAUGAAGGAGCUCUUUAAGAUUAACCAGUUCAAUCUGAUGGCCAGCGACAUGAUUGCACUCAACAGGAGUCUGCCGGAUGUGAGGUUGGAUGGCUGUAAAACCAAGGUGUACCCAGACGACCUGCCAAACACCAGCAUUGUGAUUGUGUUUCACAACGAGGCAUGGAGCACCCUGCUGCGGACAGUUCACAGCGUGAUCAACCGCUCUCCCAGACACUUGCUUGUGGAGAUUGUGUUAGUCGAUGAUGCCAGUGAGCGAGACUUCCUGAAGACAAAGCUGGAGAACUAUGCGCGGACUCUGGAGGUGCCAGUAAGGAUCCUGAGGAUGGAGCAGCGUUCAGGUCUAAUCAGAGCCAGGUUGAGGGGUGCGGCCGCCACAAAAGGUCAGGUCAUUACCUUCCUGGACGCUCACUGUGAGUGUACUGUCGGCUGGCUGGAGCCCCUUCUGGCACGCAUCAAAGAGGACAGGACAGCAGUGGUGUGCCCUAUCAUUGAUGUCAUCAGCGACGAGACGUUUGAAUACAUGGCAGGCUCAGAUAUGACCUAUGGCGGUUUCAACUGGAAGCUGAACUUCCGCUGGUACCCUGUUCCCCAGCGGGAGAUGGAUCGACGCAAGGGGGACAGAACACUUCCUGUCAGAACUCCCACCAUGGCAGGAGGAUUAUUCUCUAUAGACAAAACUAACUUUGAAGAAUUAGGAAGCUACGAUCCAGGGAUGGACAUCUGGGGCGGAGAAAACCUGGAAAUGUCUUUUAGAAUCUGGCAGUGCGGUGGCUCAUUGGAAAUUGUAACAUGUUCGCACGUGGGCCAUGUUUUCCGGAAGGCCACCCCAUACAGCUUCCCUGGAGGAACGGGCCAAGUCAUCAACAAGAACAACAGGCGCCUGGCGGAAGUCUGGAUGGAUGAUUUCAAAGAUUUCUUCUAUAUCAUAUCACCAGGCGUGAUGCGGGUGGACUACGGAGACGUUUCAUCCCGUAAAGCCCUCCGUGAGGCCUUGCGGUGCAAACCGUUUUCCUGGUAUCUAGAGAACGUCUACCCAGACUCCCAGAUCCCGAGGAGAUACUACUCACUUGGUGAAAAAGACAACAUCGCUGCAAGAUAAAUCAGAAAAUCUCAGGAUCCAGCAAAGACCGAACAAAAUGAGAUAAAAACAAACAUCCCCAGCCGCUUGUAUUGAACGUGUACAAUAAACAAACAAGGGGUUGUUCGUGUAGUCAGUAUUGAUCCCAGUCACAUGUUUAUACAGCUAUGCUAUGCAGGCUGGGUAGGUGAGAUAAGGCUUGUGUAU